AUGAGCGAGAGUAAUAUUGAUAUAGUACCAACUGAUAACUCAAAUUUCGAUAGAAUGAAUUCCAGGUUUAUGUCUGACGACACAGAUCAUCAUUUAAAUCAAGAAAGAAUUGAAGAACAAAAUAACUUUGACGAUAUAGAUGGUUCUUCAAGAAGUGCCGAAAUGGAUUCCUAUGAAAAAGGAUAUUACGGAGAUGAGUAUCCACGACCUUACAAUAGACCAAAUUUGUACCAUCAAUACCACAGAGAUCCUUGCAACAAACAUCUUCCAGUCAAAGAAAUACCAAAAACAAAACCACACUUGCCCCAUCAUCAUAUAGAAAGCCACAUUCCUGGUUUUAAAGGAUUAUUUCCUCAUCAAUUUUUACCAAGAACAUCAGAAUUCGAUGAGGAGCCUGACGACUUUGAUCAACAUCUUGUGUUUGAGCCAGUCGAUGGAGCCCAUGAGGAUGACAGUCCUAGUACGGAUAGUAACGAUGAAAGGGUUGGAACAAUCCAUCUUCUUCCUUUUACACCUUUAAACCCUGAUGAACCAGCACCAUACCAAAACCCAAGAUAUUUUAAUCCGCUAAAAGCAGAAAACCAACAAAAAAUCAUUCAUUUAAUUGAAAAAGAAGAAGAUUUCCUUAAACUGAUGCUAGAAAAACUUGAUCGAGUUGCUUAUAAGUUUGCUGAUCCAUUCACACCAAAGCAACUGCCUGAGAAACCGUAUAAAGCAUAUUCUGACUACCCAGACAGCUACAAGGAUUAUAAAAUCGACAAGCCCUCUAGUGAUUACCCUCAAUCCUACCCAGAGCCAGCAACUUACUCAUAUCCUGAAGCUCACCACUACAAACCACUGAUAGAAUCUAUAGUCAAACGGCUGCUAAAUUUAGAAAAGCAAAAACUGGACGAUAUCAGCCAUAAAUUCAUUCAUCCACAUUUUGUACCAUACAAUGACGUUAAGUACCCAAACGCAUUAAAUUGUAAGAAUGAAUUGCUUGAUAUCAAAAAAGAUGGACUGAAACAUUUAAUCAGCGUGGAAAAACGGAAGCUAGAAGAUAUAGCUGACAUAUUUUUAGCACCAUUUACUCAACCAAUACCAAAAAAACCAACUUCAUAUCAAAAAGAAUAUAGAUCAAAUGAUAAAGUACAUGUUAAAGGUGACGAGACUAAUUUAACUCCAGCGGUUGAUUCUAACACUCUUCCUGAUCAACAAGAUACACUUCCUACAGUUUAUCCAAUAGAUAAUGCGAAACAAGACAAUGACAAAGCAGACACACAAAACUUACAACCUGCUGGGUCUUUACCAACGGAUAAUCCUGAGACCGAAAAUAAUUUAGGACCAUUACCUCCUUCAGCUGCAGUUCAACUGUUACCAGUAGAAGAUAGUUCAAACACUCAUCCAUCAGAACAAUCUGGAAUAGAGCAAAACGUUGAAACCAAUCCUCCAGCAUCGCAGGUUCCCAGUCAAGGACAUUUAUUCAAAUCAGAGCUUGAAAGAGUAGACCAAAGUGCCAAAGAAAUUAUCAACGAAGCGUCUGCUGUAGUUGAUGCCUUAAGUCCUGUCAACAAUCUCGAUCGCUAUUCGCAGCUAAUUGCUGAUGAAAUAAAAAAACUCAAGGAAGCUACUAGGAAAGAGUCUGGCUCUGAUGACAUGCUGAGGGAAACUUAUCAUGAAGAAGAUCGUCUGUCUGAAGGAGCACCAUUUGAUUUAGGCGAUAAUUGGUCAUCUCUACCCGAAGAUUCCUUCAUCGAAAACAAUCCUUUGUUAGGCCACAUUAUUACAGUACCCAACAACUACGACUACCAUAGAAGAACACGAAGCGUAGCUCAGAACUUAACAGCUGACGAAUAUUUGAAUAUUUUUUUAAGCGAAGGAAAGCAAAUGUUAAAACCUGCGCAAAAACUUGGCGCAAGUAACGACGAUAUUUUGAUGUUAGGUUAUUUGGGAAAUAUUAUAAUAGAAAGUAUACAAAGGAGACUGAAUAUGAGCAGCAUCAACAACACAAGUCAUAGCAAUAGCAGCAGUGUUAGACGUAAACGACAUGAUGUUCCUGUAGAAACCCUCUUAACGGAUCCCACACUAAAAGUAGACGUACCGAAAGUAGUGGAAAACAUUGGCACGUUUGCCAAAACGCUUCUCGAUCACAAAGAUACUCCCUUGUACCACAUUCGCAACAUUGUUGGCUCUUGUAAAGACGUGGCGCUUGCCACCAUAAAAAUACCGAACCAAAAUUUCAUAGCGCCUUCCGGGUACAAUAUUGUUGAUAACCCAAACAAGGAUAAUACGAUAUUGGAAAGUGCUUAUCCUGAUAUAUCUUCCAGAUUUGGCGACGAGUGCGAGGGAGAGAGCGAGAGAGUAGGACAGGAUUGGCCGCAGGUCUUGGUAGAGAAUACUUUUCAAAACGUAGGACAUGUGAUUCGCAAUGCAGUUAGAUCCGGCCAAGAAGCCAUUCACCACGUAGGGGAAAUAACAAACCACGCUAAAAAAGCUAUAUUAACCGCCAGACAAACCCCAGAAAUUCUCAUGCAUACUGUUAGUCCCAUUCCAGUUAUAUCUGAUGACGAGAAAGUUAGUUUAAACUCAAGGUUUGGUGAAGAAGAUCAUGAUUCAAGCAUUGGAGAGACACAACAGACAACAGAGUUCGUCAAAAUGGGACAUCUCCUAGAUGCUGCUGGAGUUUCCAAUCCAGCUUCAACUCCAGAUGCAAUUGAUCCAAGGACCAACACAGAACACAACUAUCUUGAACAUUUUUGGAAAAACAUCGGGAAUGCUGCGGGGAAUCACCAUUUAAAGAACAUUCAAGAGAUUUUUCCUAAGAAAACUAACUUAGAAAAGAUCAUCCAUAAGAAAGAGCUUUUUCCUAAAUAUAACAGUCGAAAAAAUGAGGGCCACGAACUAGGAGAUAUUCACAAUAAAGUGAAUGAUAAGGUUAAACAUGUUUUGAAGAAUUUCGAAGAGUUUGCUCACAAGAAAAAUGAAGAUGUUUUUAGACAUAAUGCAGUAGCAGAUAAUCAAAACAAAAAUGUAAUAAAAAACAUUAAAGAACUGUUUCCAAGACAUAACAACUCACCAAUCAACACAAAGAAUGAUGAGAGUAUUCCAGAGCAUGUCAAAAACAUUCAGAAAUUUGUGAACAAUAAUUUUCAACAAACGUUUAAAAAUUUGGAAAGUAUAGGAAACAAUCAAAAUAAAGACGUGAGUGCGAGAAAUAAUAUUGGUUUCCAAAAUAAUAAAUAUAUGGAAAAUUUGAAGGAAAAUGUAGAAAAUACAAUGAAUUCUUUUAACAAUCUUGAAAACAAAAGUACAAAAAAUGUUCCAAAAGAAAAAAAUGAUCAUGUUCAACAAGUCCUAGAUAAAAUUGAAGAUGUUUUUAACAAUGCUAACUCUAGGAAGGCCACUCAAAAUCUCUAUAAUAAUGAAGGAAAAAAAAGAACAGACCAAAUGCAAAAGUUAAAGAAUAAACUGGACAGUAUUCAUAUGAUGCACAAGUUGUCCUCUAGAAGCAAUAGAGAAAAAAAUCUUCAGAAUUUUUUAGACAAGAUUGACGACGAAAAAAACAAAGAUAAAUUCUUGAAAACCCUAAAAAAUGGCGUUGAUGAUCUCAAGAAAACUUUAGGGGUAGAAAACAUUCGUGAUUUUGUAGAAGAGAUGAAAGAAAAUUUAAACGAUUUAAGAGAGAACAAUCCACUGGAUGUUAAAAAUAUUAAUUUUAAUAACAAGAGAACAAAAAGAGAUGUAAAAGAUACACCAACAGACCACGAAGACAUCGUUCAGAGUAGUUUCAUUCCAUCAGGGCUAACCCAUCCCUUUUUCAUUCCGGGGUUCAACAAUUUCAACGAAGACUUUGACGAACCCGAUCAUCAUAAUCCGUUUUCGUUGAAUAUGCCAGAUCUGGAAGAAGAACGUGAAGCGUUUUUGGAAAGGUUUGAUGAAAGGGGAAAUUUUUUACCCACAGAUUUUAAUCUUGGACCUAGAAAUUCGGAUCAUCAACAUGUGUUAGAAACUUUAUUAGGAGCAUCAAGUCCAGAUAUGUUUGAGCAAACAUUCCAUGAACACUUCACUGACAAUGGCAUUCAUACUACCCCACAGGAAGCAUUUCAGCGGCCCCAAAAUGCUGAUGAAGAUGACGUAGUAUCCACAUCUAUGGUAAUGCACAAAAGUUUGCUGACUCCGUUUAUGGGAAAGAGCAAAAAGGAGGAUAAGGAUACUUUUAAUGGACAAUAUGGACCUCCAUGUGGCUGUGCUUCGCGUGGCUAUUUAAGAAAUCAAAUGGAUGAAGACGAUAUUUAUUAUUAAUGUUAAUUGUAAAUAGAUAUUAUUAAAAACCUUUCUAGGUUUUUGCUAA